ACCAUUGGUGCAAUAAUAAACAAAGUCUGGAUUAUCCAUUUUUACGUUAAAUCAUCGAUCACAAAUGUAUUCAAAUCCACUAUAUAUCGCAGGCUAGCGAUGGCAUUGAGAGUUGAUUAUGGUCUUGAUAAGUUAAUUUAUGUCUAAUUAAUAAUUAAGAUAAUAUUCAAGGCCUAAAGAAAGAUCUACAAUAGGCAAAUUUAGCUCUUGCAUUAUGCAUGUUUAAGUAGAGAAUGAAUAAUGGGAAGAAAAUAAUAACAAGAUAAAGCAACAAUCAGAAAUAGGGGAAUUUUGAUUUAAAAAAAACACACCCAAAAUAUAGCAUAUUAUUAUUAGACACAAUAUUCAGUUUGAUUUUCUAUGGUAUAAGUGUUAUGUCCAUUUAUGUACAAUGUAGUCACGUGAUGACGCUCAAGGGUUGUCAAGCUUUUUGCGACAGACUGGCUAGACUUGUUUAUCAUGUCCAUCCUUUGCUUUCUCAACAAAUUUUACAUUAAUAAUAGAAGAGAAAGCUUUAGUGUUAUAAGAUUUAAAAUUUGUAAGCUAGAUUUUCAUUUUGUGAAAGAAACACAAACUGAAUUACAAAGUAAAUGAAUUUAUUUUAGCCCUUUCGAUAAUUCCAUUUACAGAACCCGUUAGUUUUCGCAAGUGGCUUGCUAUUCGAGUCUAUUAUAGGAAGUGACGUGACGACCGGGAGUUAUGGACGCUAAUCCCAUGUUAUGAACGGGUCAUGGGUUAAUCGGGAAUUAUCGUCGUGAUAAACAUUCAAUUUGUACGGGGAUGUAUAUUUGUUAGUGAUAAUGGAGAAAUACCGGUAAAUUUAAUGUAUAAACUUGAAGAUGACCAUUUGAAUAGUUGAGCUAAAUCUAAAAGUGAACAUUUGUGAAAUUAUUUCAGAAUGGUUAUUUUGCUGUAAUUGCCCUGAUUUUUAAUAUUUGACCAACAAUAUCUGAAGUAUCAAAGUAACCACGUCAGACAAGAUGCCGACAGUUGUCCGUAAAAAGAUGUCUGGAUCAGAUGGACUAGAACAGGGACUUCGAUCUUUACGAAAAUCUAAGCUGAUGAAAAUGCAGGCAUUUAAGACUUUGUUUAAAGUUAUUGAGAAACAUCAACAAGACCUAAAAUUAGCUCAUAUAACUGGCAAACCAAAGGACUUGAUGGAAAAUACAGAAAAAGACACAAAAUUCUUCCAAAUUAUAACCACCAUGUUGUGUGAUGUCUUAAAUAAAUGUGAAGGUAAACAACAGAAGUUAGAAGUAGAGAAAGUAUUUUUAUGGUAUAAAGCAAAUAAACAUAAUCUUCAUAGUGGGCCUAGAUUUGGAAAAGAGAAUCAGAAACAAGAAGCACGGGAAGCUUUGAAAAAGUUGAUGUCACUCGGUCAUUUUAAUAUGCCACAACUUUCAGAAGCUGAUCAGCUUUUUACACAUCAUGCACCGGCGCCGGAUAGUGAUUCAGAAGAUGAGUUUCAGGUUUCAAAGAUUCUUAACAGUUGUGAUGAUGAUUUCUCUCAGCCGGGAAUAGACAAUUUCUCUCAGCCGGGAAUAGACAAUUUCUCUCAGCCGGGAAUAGACAAUUUCUCUCAGCCGGGAAUAGACAAUUUCUCUCAGCCAGGAACAGAUAAUUUCUCUCAGACAGGGAUAGACGAUCUUUCGUCUGCCGGGAAUAGCAAUAGUCAUAGUGGUAUUGACCUUGACCUAACUACCGAGGUUGACUAUGAAGAGGUGUUAAAUCGUGAUAGCGAAUGUGGCGACAGCGACCAGGAAAACAUGUUUAUUGAUGUUAACAGAAUGUCCAUCCCAAGAGCGCAGACGGCUUAUUCAUCACCAAUUCAGUUUAAAGGGAGAAAACUCCAGCAACCUUUAAGUCGAGGUCCACAGAAGAUGGUUCAUUCUAUAGCGAGUCUGGUUAAUCCACACAUAACUACACCAGAACAAACAGAUAACUCUACCACUACUAGUAUAAAAGGUAGUAAGAAUGACCAGAGUGUAGUUUUUCGACCAAUCACAGUACCUAAUACAAGAGCUGAUAUGUUAAUGACAUGGCAAGCCUUUAAUAAAGAAAGAACAUAUGGACAGGAUAUUAUAGGUAAAAUGAAUUUUGUUGGUCGAAGUGGUACAGGUUUAGAUAUCAGAUAUAACGCACAUGAAUCGGCUGAGAUGCCUGAACAACAAACUAAACAACUUAUACGAGAACUUACUAAAGAUGGGAAAAAAGUUAAAGCUUCAAAAUCACCAAGAGGAAAAGAAAGUGUUUUAACCAGUCAAACUUUAGAAGAUUUUUACGAAACUGCUGACAAAUUUUAUCCGUUAAAAGUUCCCAAAUUAACGGCUGAUGUCCCCAGAUCAGCUUCCAGUAAAACCCGAACACACACGCCAGCAACACCAUUAGGAAGACAUCUUAUUAAUGUUGACAGGGAAUCACCAAGAGAUAUUCCAGCAGUUGAUAUAAAAUUAGAUACCUUGGUUACUAUGAUUGAUAAUGUUACAGAUGGUAUGGAACAGUAUAAAGAAAAGUUGAUUCAGCCAGCAAAUCAUGGUUUCCGUCGUCCAGCAGUAAGUGAUUUACCCACCACACCCACUCCUUCAUUAUCACCUGCUAAUUUUACCAUGAUAAAUCAACCAAUGAGACACAAUACACCCAUUCAACCACCAUCAUCAGCUGUACAUGGUACGUGUGUUACACCUGUAGCUGUCAAUCAGUUAUCAUCAACACCUUUACCUAUCACUCCACUACCUGGUAUAGAUUGGAGAGGUAAAAUAACACCUGAUCCUACUAGAUACAAAUCAAAGAAUAAAUUUGGAGGUCACACAUAUGUGAAGAAAAGUGACCGUGCAUCUUCACGUAGUGCAGGUGCUGUAACCGCAGGUCAUCGACCUAAAACUGCUCCUGUUAAUAUGAAGAUGAAAUGGAAAACAGAAAAGGAGAACGAUAUGAAUGAAAGAGUAUUAGCGCAGGCUUCUAGUCACAUGACUACUAGCGUCAACCAAUCAGCAUUAGAUGAUAUCAUGGUUAUUCAGCAUUUACUUGGGGAUUCAGCAUCACAAGAGGGUUCCAUGUUUGAUUUUGACAUGGAAUUUUUCCGCAAGAUGCGACGAAUGAAUUAUUCUGGAGUUUCAUCAACCAAUCAACAGAAAGAAUAUUUAUCUCUUAUAGCCUCGGCAACGCAUUUAGGUAAUGAAAGUAAUAGAUCUGUCAGUGCUCCAGUUGGUUUAUUACAUAAACCUAGAGUAGGUGUAAAUAUCCAGGAAAGAGACGAGAGGAUCUGUCAAUCACCUGCUGCUUUCUCAUCAAUAGGAGAGUUUGAGGAACAAGAUAUUAAUGAUGUGGAUGAAGAAUUAAAACAUCUUGGAGAAGAUUCAUGUCUACCUGGUGAACAGAAUGUAGAUGAAGAAGAUGAUGGGCACCACAACAUUGAAAUCUGUGCUAUACCACCAGAAGGUGCUGGUCCAGUUCCAGAAGAUAAACGAAGCCAACCCUUACAACCUUUAACUGUUUCUGAUGCCUGGCAAUUCUCUCCCGAUCUUGCAUUCAAAGCGGAAGUCAAACGACAGCCAUUACUCAGGUCUCAAAGUGCUCAGAUGCCAAGGAACCAUGUUGGUAAAGUUCAUCAUGAAAGGUUACCACAGCCACCCAUUUCUCGAAAAACUUUGAUAAAAGAAAGUUAUAGUAUCGAAUGUCUGCCACAAACACCGAUUGCAAAGGUCGAAAGGUCGGCAGGACGAAUACCUGGAAAAGCAAACAAUUCUGCCAUACACCUCAUGCAAAUGGCUCAAAGACAACGAGAAAACCUACAUAAAACUCCCCCUAUUAGAACACCACCUUCCAUUCCGAGUCCAUAUAGUUCCAUUGGUGGACGAACACCUCGUUGUUGUCCUGGAAGGCACGUUUAUCAGAAAGAGUUAGAGGAUCAUGCUCGGAAAAUUAAAAGUCCAAGAAGAUUUAUGGAACAUGUUACUGAAUUACGAGAAGGUUUACAUACAGCACCGGCUUCGACCAAUGAAGAAAGACAUUUAAUGGAAACCCUUCAAGUUCAUCAAAUACAAGGACAUGGAGAUUACCCUAGCUCUAUAUUAAAACCUCACUCUGCCAUGCCGUAUGCUCAUUAUACCGACGUCAGACGACCAAUAUCGGGACUAGAUCGACAAGUUACAUUCGGAUCAACAGAACAUUAUCCAGGAAAAGAUGUGGUCGAUGGUGAACCUAGGUUCGAUGGUGAACCUAGAUUCAAUGGUGAACCUAGGUUAAUGGUAACACCUGACACAACUCUUAGACGUCAGCUGGAAGGAGAUAAUUAUGCAAGACCAAAGGUCACAGGGCAGAGUUCAAGGUUAAGUACUCCUGGAACAACCAGCAAACCUGGCACACCAUCUAUAUCACUAGUCAGAGUUGGCCGUCCAAUUGCACAAGUACAAAAAAUAGCUGAUCCAGAUGAGGAAUUACAGGCAGCUAAUUUACUAAAACAAACAGCAGCAGCUGUUGAUAUACAGAGAAUAUAUCGUGGUUAUGUUGAUACAAGUGAUUAUAUAAUACAUAAUAUUUAUUAUAGAAUAUAUCGUGGUUAUGUUGAUACAAGAUAA